CAGGGGGCGCGGGCGGCAGCCGCAGUCCUCCGGGCCACACAUGGGGAUGCACCUGGGCCUGCCAGGUCCCUGGAGGGCCAGGCCGCAGCGAGGGGAGCGGAGGGUGGCCCCUCCACAAGCUGAGGAGAGUCCUGGGUGGCACCUCCUGCCCCAAGCCGGCCCUAGACGUGGCCCAGGUGCCCAUUACGCGUGUGUCAUCAUGGUGCACAGGGAGGGUUUUAGGGGAGGAAGGAACAAGAGGGCUCUGGACGCGGGCACUGCCGUGAGGAGCAGGGUAAGAGGCAGGAGCCCCCAUCCAGGAGCGAGGCCUGGCCUGGCCCGGGUUGCCCCUGGGGUCUGAUGCUGGGAAGGUGGCAGAGAACAAGGCUGGCCAGCGGGGCCUGAAGCCCCCAGGCCCCGGGAGGACCUGGGAGCAGCUUGAGCCCAGGGGAGGACAGGAGGGGCCGUGAAUGCCCCCACCUGGCCCUGGUGGCUUGGGCCUGUCAGGACUGAAUAGCAGGCAGCUGUGGUCAGCAGGGGGAUGCAAACCAUGGGGGGUGGUGCCCCUUCCUGAAGGAGACCCCAGGCCCCUGGCUGCCCGACACAGACAGAGCGAGACACAGAGGGACGGGCACGGGCUGGCCAGCAGGUGGCCAGACACAGACCUGCCUGCGGGAGGACCGUCCGGGGGCACGGGUCUUCCCAGAGGCCCCUGCCUGGCCAGAACGGCUGCUGAAAGGUGCUUGGCGUGGAGGGAAGGGAAGAGGCCCCCGUGUGUCGCAUGCCCGACGCCCUGCCCCCCGCAGGUGUGCGAGGCCCCCCACAGCAGGAGCCCACGGCGCCACUGGAGCCUCAGCAUCGAGGAGCGCCGGCAGCUGGCCCUGCUAGGCAGCGGCGAGACGCAGGAAUCCGGCCUGGCGGACGUCCAGAAGCUGGUGGCCCGGCUGGUGGCCCAGGACGUGGGCCAGGACCUGCUCCUCCCCCACCCGCUCGGGCCCGGCAGGCCCAGCAACGCCUUCCGCGCCUUCCUGGCCCGCAGCGCGCCCUUCUGGCACAAGAUGACCACGGAGGCCCUGCCGCCUCCACCCUCCUACAUGUGUCUCCAGUGCCUUUCCUUGGGGUGCCGGGGGGACCCCAGGCCCAGGCUCCUGCCCCUUCUCAGGCCCCGGCAGGGCCGGCCCGCAGGUGCAAACACAGACUACGUCUACUUCGAGAACUCCUCCAGCAACCCAUACCUGAUCCGCCGGAUUGAGGAGCUGAACAAGACAGCCAACGGGAACGUGGAGGCCAAGGUGGUGUGCUUCUACCGGCGCCGGGACAUCUCCAGCUCCCUCAUCGCGCUGGCCGACAAGCACGCCACCCUGUCAGUCUGCUGCAAGACCGGACCCGGGGCCGACACCGGUGAGGAAGGCGAGACAGAGGAGGAGAUGGAGAAUCCCGAGAUGGUGGACCUGCCCGAAAAGCUCCGGCACCAGCUGCGGCACCGGGAGCUGUUUCUCUCCCGGCAGCUGGAGUCACUGCCAGCCACCCACAUCAGGGGGAAGUGCAGUGUCACCCUGCUCAAUGAGACCGAGUCCCUCAAGUCCUACCUGGAGCGGGAGGACUUCUUCUUCUACUCCCUGGUCUACGACCCCCAGCAGAAGACCCUCCUGGCGGAUAAAGGAGAGAUCCGCGUGGGGAGCCGGUACCAGGCGGACAUCACCGACCUGCUGAAAGAAGGUGAGGAGGACGGCCGCGACCAGGCCACGCUGGAGACCAAGGUGUGGGAGGCGCACAACCCGUUAGUGGACAAGCAGAUCGACCAGUUCCUGGUGGUGGCCCGCUCCGUGGGCACCUUCGCACGGGCCCUGGACUGCAGCAGCUCCGUCCGCCAGCCCAGCCUACACAUGAGUGCCGCAGCCGCCUCCCGUGACAUCACCCUGUUCCACGCCAUGGACACUCUGCAUAAGAGCGUGUACGACGUGGCCAGGGCCAUCUCGGCGCUGGUGCCGCAGGGCGGGCCAGUGCUCUGCAGGGACGAGAUGGAGGAGUGGUCGGCCUCGGAGGCCAGCCUGUUCGAGGAGGCCCUGGAGAAGUACGGCAAGGACUUCACGGACAUCCAGCAGGACUUUCUGCCCUGGAAGUCGCUCACCAGCAUCAUCGAGUACUACUACAUGUGGAAGACCACCGACAGAUACGUGCAGCAGAAACGCUUGAAAGCGGCCGAGGCGGAGAGCAAGCUCAAGCAGGUGUACAUCCCCAACUAUAACAAGCCGAACCCGAACCAGAUCAGCGUGAGCAGUGUCAAGGCCGGCGUGGUGAACGGCGCGGGGGCGCCCGGCCAGAGCCCCGGGGCCGGCCGGGCCUGCGAGAGCUGCUACACCACCCAGUCUUACCAGUGGUAUUCUUGGGGUCCCCCUAACAUGCAGUGUCGUCUCUGCGCGUCUUGUUGGACGUAUUGGAAGAAAUAUGGUGGCUUGAAAAUGCCAACCCGGUUAGAUGGGGAGCGGCCCGGGCCCAACCGCAGCAACAUGAGCCCGCACGGCCUCCCGGCCCGGAGCAGCGGGAGCCCCAAGUUCGCCAUGAAGACGCGGCAGGCCUUCUACCUGCACACCACCAAGCUCACGCGCAUCGCCCGGCGCCUGUGCAGGGAGAUCCUGCGCCCCUGGAGGGCCGCCCGGCACCCCUACCUGCCCAUCAACAGCGCCGCCAUCAAGGCCGAGUGCGCGGCCCGCCUGCCCGAGGCCUCGCAGAGCCCCCUGGUGCUGAAGCAGGCGGCGCGGAAGCCGCUGGAGGCCGUGCUGCGCUACCUCGAGACGCACCCCCGCCCCCCCAAGCCCGACCCAGUGAGGAGCGUGUCCGGGGUGCUCGGCGCCCUGACGCCCGCCAAGUCGGCCCCCGUCAUCAACAGCGGCUCGCCCACCAUCCUGGGCAAGAGGGGCUACGAGCAGCACAACGGGGUGGACGGCUCCGUGAAGAAGCGCCUCUUGAUGCCCAGUAGGGGGCUGGCGAACCACGGACAGACCAGGCACAUGGGCCCGCACCGGAACCUGCUGCCCAACGGGAAGCCCUACCCCGCCAAGGUGCGCCUGGUGCGCGGCGGCUCCCUGCCCCCCGUCAAGCGGCGGCGUAUGAACUGGAUCGACGCCCCGGACGACGUCUUCUACAUGGCCACUGAGGAGACCAGGAAGGUCCGCAAGCUGCUCUCGUCCUCGGAGACCAAGCGCGCGGCGCGCCGGCCCUACAAGCCCGUAGCCCUGCGCCAGAGCCAGGCCCUGCCGCUGCCCCUGCGGCCGCCUGCGCCCGCACCAGUCAACGACGAGCCCAUCGUGAUCGAGGACUAGCCGCUGGCCGCUGCUGGCCCCGGCCCUCCCGGCCUGGCCCGGACCCGCCCCCACCCUGCCCUGGCC